AUGACCGCCCAAGCCAAUGUCCAGCAGUUCAGCGAUGAGAUGAAGGAUGCAUGGGAGGUUGUGGACAAGCACUUCGACCCAGAAGAGAUCUUAGGCUCCGUUGUGGCGGACAUCGUUUCCAAGCACGCGGUGCGAGCAUCUCAGCAUGAGCUGCCAUACGCCAUGUCCAUGAUGGCGGGGUACAUUUCCAUGGCCAACGGCGGCGGGGUCAGCGUGUUCCCCAACAGCCCGUCGCCGCUCAUGAUGGCUGUUCAAAACACAAACUACCCACAAACCCGGAAGUCAGCUAUCACAGCAGCUGUCGCGAUGCUCGGGCGCGCCAUGGACAAGCGCGCCAACAAGAGGGCACGCGCUGCGAUGGGCCCUGGAGCGAAGGCCAAGACUCCUGUGCUCGCCAAGUUCACGGAGGCUGCCUUCUGGGAGAGGUGCGCGCCCGAUUUCCAGCAAGUGCACGUGCCCGCGAAGCGCUCGGAGGAGCAGGGCGCGCCAGACCCCGAACCUGAUGACGACGACCUCGCCCGGACCAACCACGGGACCCUGUUGAACUUAGACGAGGCGUAUAAGAUGCUUCGGAUGCUGGGGAUGAUCGCGGGCACUGGCAGCAAGAAGGAUUCCCUAGAAGUCACGGACCUGGCGUCCGACAUCAAUCGCCUGUUCCAGACAGGAGUCGCCGCCUACACAACGAAGACGGCUGGGUCAUUCGGCCAAGAAACAGGAGCAAGUGUAUGCCUCGGCGUCGCGGGGAACGCCCACCCAGCUAUCACCGUCCCCAUGGAGAGGGGGGACCUUGGUAAUCACCACGUGGCUGUGCGGGAGCGCUGGAUCAUCCUGACUGCCCCCGUAGUCGAACCCCACGCGCCACUUCCUGGCGACUUCGUCGUGCCCUCGGGCUUCCAUAAGUGGUCGUGGCCCGAACUCAUGUCGACGAUGGUGGAGCCGCUCGGGUUUCCUCCGGGCGCGGACGUCCCGGAGAUCGCCGCGAACGCGCUGCCGCGUGCCAGGGGUGUGCCUCAUUCGGACGCCGUUGCCCACGAGUCCCAGAGCGGCGACGAGUACUUGCCUGACGUUGAAGGGUAUUACGUUCAGUUCGCAGACGGCACGGGGAGUCGCAUUCGCUUCAAGAGGGUUUCCAGCAAAUUGUGCCCGACGUUCCGGGUGCCAAACAGAGACAUCCCUGUGCUCGCCAACGAGAGCAUGGACAGCAUCGCGGCGAGGGUGCUCGACAUGUUCGAGACGCCGGGCAUCCAGCUCGGUUUCUCCAAGAAGGGGCUCUUGGCCUUGCGCGGCUUCCACACCAUCUUCAACGCCAGGUGCGCCCAGGCGCGCAGUGCAGACAGGGUCUCCCUGUCCGCGCGUCUCGGCAUCGCCCCGUGGCACCUGGCCAUGCUCUCUGCCGGCCUUGCCAUCCUCAAGUCGGGCGAGGAAGUCCCCGCGGCGCAGGGCGCGCCCGAGGAAGUAGAUGAAUGCAUCCGGGGGCCGCACUACCCGGACUUCAUCGAGGACACGCACGUCGUGCGGGCGUGCAAGCUCUCUGCCGUGCUGGACGCCAUUCGCUCUUGCUGGCACCCCAGGAGGGGCGCGGACACACCCGAGGAGCGCCUCCGCAGAGCCGAAGUGGCCGAAGGACAAGCUCGCCUGCAGCAGGUUCGCGGCCCGCCUGUUGCCAGCGACGGGGCAGCGGAGGCGGGCUUCCUCGACUACGCGCCGAGUCAGACACAGCCCGGGCGCGAGCCGCGCGCGGAGGCAUCGGCCGCCGCAGCCGCAGAGCCUUCGGGCGGCGCGGGCGAGGGUGGAUCGCAGGUCGCGCCUGCGGCCUCUGCUCGGGCUGCGCGCGGGGCGUCUGGCGCACCUCAGUGCCUCCUCCCCGCGGACGCGGACGUCCCAGCGAUGGACGUCGGUUUCGGCGUGGGCGGGGCGUCGGUGCAGACGCCCAUUCCCGGCAUGACCAUGGUGCCAGACAGGCAGUUGAUGCAGCGCGUCCUCCUCCGUGGCGAGGCCCUGGUAAGCCUGCGCAAGGUGUGCGAUGCGGUGAAGAUGAAACCCGACGGCUCCAGCGCGCAGGUCACGAAGCCGAUGAGCCUGAAGUCUGACCAGUGCGCCAUUGUCGUCAAAGCUGCCCUCAACCUCUACAACGUCGCCGAGUUCGACCCGCAGGGCUGGGUGACCGAGCGGGAUCGCGGCGCGGCAGUUCGCUGGCGCCUGCCGGACCCCGAGGACGGCACGGCCGUCGCGAAGUACCACAACCUGUUGAUGAAGUGUUGCCGGGUCAGCUAUUCGCAGCUUCUCCAGGACACCAAUGCGCGCGAGGACGCCGCGGGCUGCUUUCCGCUCGCGAGCGCGCCGGGCCGGCUGCGGGGCCGGCUUCGGGCGUCCAUGGAAAUUUGUUCCUCUUCCGAUUCUUGCUUUGAGUGCAAGGCUGCGCUGCACCGCGAGCCCGCUCGCUCCCGCGAGGGCAUCCUCUUGCUGGUGGGCGGCUGGAAGAAGAUCGUGCACUUCCCCAAACGUUGUCACAAUGUGCGCUGCGGCCGCAAGUACCGCGCUGUCUGGUACAACUACAUCCAGAUUGGGACGUCACGGCACUGGCACUGCCACGAUGGCGACCCGUUGUACUUCUUUCUCAACUCCACCAUUGGGUUUUCUUUCGAAUGGCUACGGCAGUUCCAUUGCCGCCUUGCCUACCAGCACGUCAGCUUCAUGUCGGAGGCCCAAGCGCACCUCCGGUUUGCAAGAAUGCGCGGCGUGGCUUCCCUUGUCCCGACCCGGUCAGAUGACUACAUGACAAAAGUGUGGAUUCUCUGGCGGGCACUGGUCCGUGCCCACGCCCGCGCCGUUCAGCCGGGCGCCGAUCCAGUGGACUCUGUCGGAUCGAUUGAUCUUGCAGUACCUGCGCCUGGUAUCUCGCGCGGGAUCGGCCCAUGGUACCACGGCGCAAUGGAGGCCCAAAGGGCGAGGCUAUUUCACGCUGGUGAGAAGGACGCCACAUUAUUAGUCAUGGAUGGGAACCAGAAGCUCCGUCGCCGCGUCUGCGGUUAUCCGUAUUGCGAGCGUGUCCAUUCGAAAUCGCUGGGCCUUGGAAUGUGGCGCUGUUGUUCCGAGACCCCGGCGCAGCAGCCGGGGAAGAGGAAACGCUCUGGCGCGCGUGGCAGCGACGCCGCUGAGGGCGGCGAACCGCCGCCGCCGCAUGGCGGCGACGCCGUUGAAGACGGCGAACCGCUGCUCAAGGCGCUCCGGCAAGUUGCCCGUUGCCCCGCUCAUGCAUCGGCAACGGGCCUGCCUGGCCCGCGGGCGAGGUCCUACGAUAUCCUCUCGCAUCGGCAGAAAAGCGCCCUCACCGACUCGGGCAGGUCAGUCUUCGAGCUGAAUGUCCGCUACAAGUUAUUCCGCUUGCGGCAGAAGCACGCAGCUGCGCGCGGGCAGCAGAAUGCGUGGCCGCCAGCGGAUCAGCUCAACGCUGCCGCCAUUCACGCUUACCUGUCCACGAUUGCUGUCAGCGGGAACUUGUCCCAACACAGCGAUGAGCAAUCAUUAAGUCAAAGCUCUUGCAAAACCCACAAGGAAGACAUAAAGACGAAACGGAUGACCGCGCGGAGUGGCGGUUGGCUCUUCGCCAUAUCUGCGUCUGGAUGCAUUGUCCACCUGGACGAAUUCAUGGGGGCUGAGAGCAUCACCCAACGCUGCAUGUUUGUGGCGCGCUCCUGCGGCAUGCUCCCUGGCCUCGAAGUCCUGGUUCACGACGACGCCUGCCACCUGUGCCGGUUCGCGCUCCUCAGAGACGGCCAGAGCGACAUGGCAACGAAUAUCGCCAAGCUGCGCUACAUCACUGAUCCCUUCCACUCCAAGGGGCACGUCUGGAACUGGUGUUUGGAGAACUGCGCGCCGACUUUGCCUGGCAACGCCGCGCGGCUGGCUGGCGUCAAUGCCAAUGCGUGUGAGCAUCGAUUUCCUGACCUCGGGCACUACAGGGAGAACGUCAACGCCAUGGGGAAGGAGUUCGCACGUUUCUUCUUGACAGAAAUGAUGGAUUUUCGAAACGUAGAUUGGCUCCGACGCGUGAGAUCAGCUCCGUAG